ACAAGAAGCAGAAGAAGGAGCAGCAUUCAAGUCACCCGCCUCGUCUUCUGUCACCUCUUUGCGCUCUUCACGUCUCUCUCCUUCUUAUUGACCUGCUAUUGUUACUCGCUGGCGUACAUCUCCUAAUUGAUUGCUAUCGGUCGACUGACUUCUGUCUCCGACAUCCAACCGCCCUUGUUACUACCUCACCUUCACCUUCCCAGAACUUCUUCUUACUCUCGUCGCGCUUCUACGCUGUUUGCUAGCGUCGGUUCUGGUCGUCUUCUGGACAGCAGUUGAUUGUAGCAGACAAACGAGCAGUUUAUCAGACACGUACUGUCUUGAAAAGUCAGAUCUUUGGAAUCAGACUGAACCAGAAUCAACUUAUCAGGGAUCAACUACUGCUCAAGCAGAUAAUCAAUUAUCAUGAAUAUCUUUCGUUUUCUUGGUGAUCUCUCUCACCUCCUUUCCAUCUUCAUCCUCCUCCAAAAGAUGAACAAGUCACGAUCAUGCGCAGGUCUCUCGUUCAAAAGUCAAUCUCUCUACGCAGUCGUCUACUGCACUCGCUACCUUGACCUCCUCUGGGGCCAUCACAUCUCGUUCUACAACACAGUCAUGAAACUCUUCUUCAUCGGCUCGUCAAUCUCAAUACUCUACCUCAUGAAAGUCAAAUUCAAGCCCACGCACGACCCCAACAUCGACACCUUCAAGAUCGAGUACCUCCUCGUCGGCUCCUUCCUCAUGUCGCUCAUCUUCACAUACAAAUACACCAUCCCCGAAAUCCUCUGGUCGUUCUCCAUCUGGCUCGAGUCCGUCGCCAUCUUACCCCAGCUGUUUAUGCUCCAGCGCACGGGAGAGGCCGAGAGUUUGACCACGCACUACCUCUUUGCGCUCGGCGUCUACCGCGCGUUGUAUAUCCCGAACUGGAUCUACAGAUUCGUGGCCGAGGGGGUUAUCGAUCCCAUCGCCGUCGUCGCGGGUAUCAUCCAGACAAUCCUCUACUCGGACUUUUUCUACGUCUACUACCACAAGGUCAUGAGAGGCAAGAAAUUCGAAUUGCCGCAAUAAAUUCAUCACAUGUGAUUUUGGACAAAGUAUAUACAAAAGGAGUUUGAUAAAAGAUGCAGGUGUAAUUCGUCAAUACUAGUGUGUUGUUCAGAGGUAAAGAUUAUACG